GACAACCCAUAUCUGAACGUAUUGUCGCUGAUCGAUGUCACAUAUCCGCCACUUAUCUGCUCGACAUGUGAUAGGGUUGCUACCAGUGCCAACGAGAACCGAAACCAUCACAUCAUAGCACAUCAUCAACGCACCCAUCGAGGAUCAUUGUUGGGAAGAGCAGCAGCAGCAGGAGGAGGAGGAGGACGUUGUGGUCGCCGUUAUCCAUGCCUGCAUCCACACUGUGAUCGAAGUUUUGAUUCGCGUACCGCCCUGAGAUUUCAUUUAAGUCGCUCGCAUUUGGUCAGACAAGCAUCACUUAAACAUCUUCGGCCAGAACCGCCAUUUAUGCGCUAUCCGUUGCAGCCCCCGCUCGGCUCGUUUACGUCUUCUUUCAAACCUUCCAUCCUGUUUCAUAACAACCUCCAUCAUCAUCAUCAUCAUCAACAUCAACAUCACAACCAUCGUCAAUCAAAUUCGUAUCUUGAUCAACAGCAACAACACACUUGUACACCUACACCUACGAGCACAUCAAGUACUUCUACUACAACAACGACGCCACGUCAAACUCUUUCCCGGACUUCCGAAGCAUUAAUAAAUUCCGUCUACCAUCCGCUCUACUGUCCUUGCUGUCACGAACAUUUCCCAAAGAAAACAAACGUCAUAAAGCACGUGGCUGAAGUGCAUCACGACCAGGAACCAUACAGUUGUGUCUACUCUGAUUGCACCGCACAUCGUAAACACUAUGCCACACGCGAUGGAUUGGUGUAUCACACUUUGCGUGUUCAUGAU